GGCAAGCAGGUCCAGCGCAACGCGGCCAACGCCCGCGAGAGGGCCCGCAUGCGGGUGCUGAGCAAAGCCUUCUCCCGCCUCAAGACCACCUUGCCCUGGGUGCCGCCGGACACCAAGCUCUCCAAGCUGGACACCCUCCGUCUGGCCUCCAGCUAUACUUGGCCCUUCAUGGUUGCUGGCAAACCAGAGAAUGAGUUGAAAGAAGCAGUGAACACAACACGGUUGUGUGGCCCGACAGCAUCCUGACCCAGGAUUUUCAUGCAUGGGAAAACCAGGGAGCUGCAUAUAUGUGAGAAGGUGUUUCUGCACACAUAACAUACAUGCAUUUACAUAUGAAUGGUGUGAGUGGGGAGUUAAAGACGGUGAGGACAAGACGGCUUCCCCAUGAAGGAACCCUAAAAUUGAAAAGAAGACCAAAUGCACUGUGCCAAAGGGGAAAGGGAAGAACCUCAGCAAUCUAGCAUCCCGAAGAGUGUAUAUUUAACUUUAUUAAAUUGUGUAUAUUUGACUGUCCUGCAACAAUGCCUUGCUGGUUCAAGAGCGGUUCUCUGGAUGCCACCAGACUUUGGCCUGUCUUUUUGUAGCCCACCUUGUGAAAGACGGCGAUUCCUAGAAUCAAUUAUUUUAAUAGGCACAUCUCUCCAGCACAAUUUGUAUUGAAGAUAUUCUAUAGAUAUAUUUUUCUUUAAAACUGGUUUUGUGAUACUUUUUGUGAAUAAUAAUAAAAUAUCCUAAAUAGGAAAACGAACAAACGUAUCAUGCACACAAAGUGGUGUGGGUCUCAUUUGAUUUGGAUUAUUAUUUAUUUAAUUUUCACUGAGCAAGACUAUAUUAUUGGGUCACCUACAAAGCUUAAAACAACACCGUGUGUCAUGAUGUGAUACGGUUUGACCCCAGCUUCUGAGAUGUUUAUUUUCCUAAUUAAGAAGACGUAGACCAUGUCCAUUGGAGGGAGGGUCGGUAGUUUAGAGGGCUCAAAAAGCAGCAUGUAGGUAGAUGCUGAGAAAAAGGGCUUUGGAGUAUAUGAUAGAAAACUGGGAAUUGAACGUACAAUGAAAUGAGUAGCAGAAUUCAAUAUUUAGUGAAAUUCACAGCCCACUCUGCAAAUUAAUUAGAGAAACUCAACAUUAAAACAUUUUUAUUUCUAACGGUAAAACGUUUUAGUCUACAACGUAGGUGAUUUGGAAUUAUGGUUAGGGUACGGAGAGCAACCUGUUUUAAUUGCCUUUAUAGGCCAUAUUCAUAGCUGUUGUAAG